CGAGAACAAUACAGUAGGAUAUAUAUCUCUUUUCUCAGUCCAUUUUCCGCACGCGCGAGAUGUUCUUGAACGCAACAUGAUGUUAAAGCUAGCUUAAAAAUAGUUUCUUACCAAAAUUGCGACUCUACGUACGAGAGUUUAAUUUAUUAACGCGUGUAUUUAAAUCAACGAUACCCGAGUGCUACACAAUAGCAAGAUGCUGGACGACGACACCCUGUUCAUGAAUCUAUUCCAAGGGAAACGAGUUAAACUUACCCUCAAGACGUCGUCUUACCUCGGCGUCCUACAUCGUAUUAACUCCAACAAAACAUUGAUCCUCACCAACGUCAAAAGUGGCUGUAAUGGAUGUGAAUUAACAGGAUCGAGAUUGUUCUUUGGUCACGAAAUUCUGAAUGUGGAGUUUAGCAAUGAAGCGGACGUAGAGGAUGGAACUGUGACUAAAGGCCUUGAAGACCAGUUGAAGGUGGAAAAUUUCCAGCCGUAUAGAAAGACAGUUUACAACAUUGAUGACGAAGGUGAAGAAUACAUACACUUUGAAGUCAUUGAUGGGUUUCUUGAGAAAUUUGGUCGUGCUGUGAUGACGAUCAAGAAGCAGCAUGUGGUUGGCGUUGGGGCUGAUGGCGUGGAGAUGUACAAGGAUGGCAGACUGUGUUGGCUUCAGAUUGCAACAAAAAACAAGGUUUAUCUCUUUGACAUCCUGUCACUUGGAUCGAGGGCCUUUAAAAAUGGUCUCACCAUGAUCCUUGAGAACAAGCGCAUACUGAAGGUAAUCCACGACUGUCGAGCUAUUGCCAGAUGUCUGUUGGCACAAUUUGGAGUAAAGCUGACAAAUGUCUUUGACACUCAGGUGGCAGAUGUUUUGUGCUUCCGCUCUGAGACAGGAGGAUUCCUUCCAGACAGAGUGAGCACUCUUCAGGAGGUGGUGAGUCUCCGCCUGAAGGUACCAUCCUCCCAGCUCUUGACUCUGAAGACCAAGUCCCAGCUCACCAAGGAGGAGACUGAGAUGUGGUACAAGCGUCCAUGUCCCUUACCCCUGCUGAAGGUGAUGGCGCUGUCAGUGAUCCACUUGCAACCUCUCAGAAUGAUUCUGCUGGAUUCUCUCCUGACCGACUACGUGGGCCUCGUGGACGCCUACCUCUCAAACAGCCAGUACCCGCUCGAUAAUUUGGAGAGCAUCAAUCUGGAGAGUGUUUUUGAGUUACCCUCUGAGUUCCAGCUGCUGGAGCAGAUGUAUCGUGAGCGUCGGGAGCACGCCACCAAACAAUACCCUGUCACAGAGAAAGGUCUGCUGGCUCGCGCCAUUCCUCGACUGCCGUCCCCGCCCCUGACCUCAUCUGUGGCAAAGGAACACGAAUGCGCACCGCGAGUCAAGGAACCAUCACCGCCAGUUCCAAUGGAAGCAGAUCAGAACCAGCUCCCCCUGACCGUCAAUGUGGCCACUCCGGUUUCAGUCCCAAACACCUUGAAUGAAAUGCCUCUCAAUGGCCUAGGAAGAGGGUGCGCAGCCCUAAUGAUGCAAGUGAUUGGUCGGGGGAGGCUCUUUCAGCAGAGACCGCUUGAUUCAGUUACUACCAGCAAAGAUCACAAGAGGGAGAAGUGGGCGCCCGGUAGUCUUUGAGAAUGAUGCAGUUCCUUUUCUGGUCCGAUAUCAUUCAGGCAUGUUUCACGUGCCUCAAACCAAACGGAGCUCCCCAGUCACAAAUGUUUGUUGGGCGAUAGUUUGACCACUAGAUGGGAGUAAACGUUGUAUUUUGUUCAACAUCUGUAAGGCGCAGCCUUUUGUGGCGUGUACUUCUAUUUUGUUAAUUGACACAAUGCCAGUUUUGAGUUCUGUAUUAAAGUUAAAAUGCAAUUUCUA